UAACAGGCUGUUUGUCAUGAUGGCUGUCUUAAUGUUUAAUAUUGGGUGUCGAAUUUUAAGAAAAGUACUGUUAUUAGGCUAAGAGAUUUUGGCCUGUCAAAGAGUGUAUAGUGCGCGAAGAAGGACUAUUCAUUAAAAUCGUUCAGUUUUGAUAAAACGCCAAGAUCGGCACAGAGGAGCAGAUUUAGCAUGUGAAGACAACAGAUCACUGAUCCAGACUGAAAGCUGAAUCCUUCAAAGAUUGUUCUUCGGCCUUAUCUGGCAUUAUGGAAAUUAACCUACGCGCAGAUCAGACUCAUCACAAAAGGAAAGUCAUACCCACUGUGUAAUGCACUGCCAUGGCCCACGUCAUAGAUCGACUGAGAGUCCGUGGUGUGUCUGCUACAGGGUUUACCAGUUUACCCGCAUACGCCAGCAAACAUUCUCACGUCUGCGAAAACAUACCGCCAUCGAGAUCGAAAACCGACGUCGAGAAAAAGGGUCGCCAGGUCUGGAAGACUGGUGACGGCACCAGACACGAUAUAAGCGGGCUGGGGUUCUCGUCUGCGUCGCGAAGAAUGGAACACAUGCAGCGCGUGAGGGCUGCCUACAAUGGCCUGUCCACCAUGGACUCCAGCGUGGGACCCCCGAGUGUUCAGUUCAUUCUGCAGGGAAAGAACAUGAAGCGCGAUUCUACCUCAAGUCACAGGCUGAUGAUGAGCACGGGACUCACGGGAAACGCGUCAGACAUCGUGUCAGCCAAGUCGGACAGCGGGGUGUUUGUCGCUCCAAACAUGAAGGUCAGAAAAGCUAAAAGCGAACCCCCUGGUGAGAUUCAUGGCAAAGACAAAAAACGCGAGGUUUCCGGUACCUCGAUUCUCCCUUCGUUUCCCGCGACGUGUAUUUCACUAGCUCCUCCAUCAACUCCCAUCUAUUUAAAUAACUACAUGGCUUCCAAGUCGUUUCUGAAGGAAUCAUUUGAAAUCAUGGGACAUAAGGUCAGAGGCGCCGGAGCAAACGAUAAACCCAGCGUGGCACUUGCUAGCGAACCAGAGCAGCUGACGCCGAGACCGUCGAGAAAAUGGACAAGGACAUUAUUCAAGGAGGGGUCGUCUGCACCAAUGGCGGUGAGCGCCCAGUCUUUAAAUCAAUGCCUGCACGUGCAGCAGAGCAACAGGCAGCUUCACAACGACCUGGAACACGACGCCAUCAAACUGAAACAUUUCACUCAGUUCGUGCGCAAUGACGGGAAGAUAAAUUACAUCAACCCUUACCGACAGAUGAAAUCCAGAGAAAGGAAGCCACUAGUUCGGGUUACCAUUCCAAAUAAAUAUAACUUCAGUUCUGUCAACAGCUACGUUCAUUUUAACAAGAUCUACCCCCAGAGGCCAUCUAACAGCAGCAAGAUGAGUCAUGUGCCCCAAAUGUCUGGCUUCCCAACCCACUGCACGGACACUGUGAUGCUCAGAAUGAUGGUGGAGAUGAAUCGACCAAAGUUUAACAAAUCUCAGACGAUGGAUAAAUAUUCUGACAUUGGCAUGCAGCAGGAUCUGGAAGAGUACCUCAUGGUGCGAUCUCCGUCUACUGUUAGCAAACCGCCGUCGACAAACAGCAAGAAGCAAGGUCGAGGUCAGAGCAGCAAGAGUCUGGUGAGCAACCAGGAAGCGGCUGUUGAGGAAGAGGUCACGUGCGUUUGGGCUGGAAACAAUGUCCAAGAGGAUAUGGAUAACGCUGAUAGUCCAGAUCCCAUGGAUACAAACUGAUCCGUUCCUGAAUUAUCAUCACUGAUAACAGUGUUGACAUUGAUCCGUUCCUGAAUUACCAUCACUGAUGACAGUGUUGGCAGAACUUCGCCUUUCCAAAUCCCAUGGAUACAAACUGAUCCGUUCCUGAAUUAUCAUCACUGAUGACAGUGUUGACACUGACCCGUUCCUGAAUUACCAUCACUGAUGACAGUGUUGACAGAACAUCGUCUUUCCAAAUCCCAUGGAUACAAACUGAUUCGUUCCUGAAUUAUCAUAUUAAUUGAUGAUAAUGUUGACCGAACAUCCUCUUUCCAAAUCUCAUGGAUAUAAACUGAACCGUUCUUAAAUUAUCAUAAUAAUUGAUGACAGUAUUGUCAGAAGUUCGUCUUUCCAUACUCUUUCACAAGCACAAAAACAGCCAUAGAAUAUAAAUAUGAGUGUGUAUGUAUUAUAUGGAUACGAUUGUAAUAUUAGGCUAAAAUGUUUUAUCAUUGUAAGCCUAUAUUUCAUUUGUUAAAUAUUGAGAUUAUGAGAAUGGCAAAAUACUGUGAAGUUUGAUCUUAACUUUUCUGAAAGCAAGCUAGUAUAUACUAAGCCUUGUGCAGUUUCUUUUGGACGUAAGUAUACAUAUAUUAUCAGAAAUUAAGAUUCAUAUUUUAAGUGAUAUCCAAAAUGCAUUUAACACGUGUCGAUCGAUACAUGUGUACCUUUGAAGAAUGAUUAAUUGUACGCUUUGUUUUAAAAGUUUGUUUUAGAAAUGGGUUUUAUUUAUUUGGAUUCCGUUUUGAUUUGUAACAGUGUCAUUACAGAUCACAAGUGUCGAAGGCGAGGGCCAGGGCGUGGGCUGGUGUAAUCCAUUGCCACCCAAACCAGUUCAAAUUCAAAUUGAUAUAUAUAUAUAUAUAUAUAUAUAUAUAUAUAUAUAUAUAUAUAUAUAUAUAUAUAUACACCUCCCCCCUCCGUCGCUCUUAUCUACCGACGUCUGUUGUGAUGUACAAGUGUUUGUACAAGCGACUAAUCUGCAACAUACCGUAUUUCCUCUAAUAAGCUUCGGCCUCAAAUAAGCGCCGGAUCUGUAACACUUUGCAACAAAAAAAACGCCGGGGCUUUAAUACGCGCCGGGCCUCCAAUAAACGCCGGGAAAGACAGCCGGAAAAUUAUUACUCCCUGGCUUAAUUUAGGCACUUUAUGUAGACAAAUAAUAUUGAUUUGUUCAUUGUUUUGUUAAAGUUUAAAGUUUUGUUACAGUUAAAUAAAUAAAAUGGUAAGUUUGUAGUUUUUAGAUUUAAGUUCUAAACUUUAAGCGCCGGGUCUGCGACAAUUUAUUAGAGGAAAUACGGUAAGCCUAUUAAACGUUUAUACGUAUGGGUUAAGUGGUAUACUUAUAGUAUGAAUACUGAUGACUUGAACAAUCCGUCUUACACUUAGAGUGGUAUGUUAUAUGCAUAUCGCCUCAUAUAUACAUGUCAGUAUUAUAUAUGUUCUCCGUACUUCAUUAAUAUUUAUAACACAUCCCUCUCAGUCAUAAUAAUGUGUGUUUCAUGAAUAUCUGUACCGCAUGUCAUACACAUAUCAGUGCAUCCAUUACAUUCCAUGUCAGAAUUGUACGUGUUUGUCAUAUAAUGUAAUUGCAUACAUUCACGUCAGAAUGUCAAGUGCACUUCAUUAAUAUUUAUAGCACAUUCCAUACAUUCCCGUUGGAAUUACAUGUGCGCUUCAUUGAUAUUUAAAACAUAUGCCAAACAUUCCAUAAAAUGUUUGCCUGAUUAAUAUUUGUAACUACAUUCCGGACAAAGUAGACAAUAUGACACGUGUGCCUCAUUAAUAUUUAUUGAAAUGAAAUAAACUGAAAAACAGCA